GUCAAUGUGGCUAUAACUAUAUCAAACACCGAGUCAAGAUGAUGAAGCAUGGAAUCUGCGCUUACUCGACUGCCAAAUACACUCGACUCGCCUUGGACAAACACAUCAAGAGCAGUAGUGUUGUCGACGAAUGGGUGAAUAAGGUGACCGAUAAGAAACCGACUCUGUUCUUUUUUGGUGCUGAUGGCGAAAUACCACCUGAUAGCCCAAUAAGUAUCAAGAAGCACGUGCGCUGCCCAGGGGUUCGUUUGACUUUGAGGUCAAUAAAGAAGCGCCGAGAUUGUUUCAUACAAUUGGUGGACGAAUGGGGAACAUCUCAAACCGACGCAAGAUGUAUGAAUCGAUUCCAAAACCAGAACAAAGCGGCCAGAUUCAAGAAAUGCCGAUGCGUACCCGACGCCAGAACAUUGCUGCCAACGAAAAUUGUGUCAAAGUUGGGCAAAACGGAUCUAUCGAUCUACCGACAGUUGCAACGCGCCAUGAACGAAGAAGCAUUGGUAGGAGACGAGCGUUUAUUCCCAAAAGUAAAAUGUUACUACAAAAACUGGCGAUUAAACCUCGAAUGCUCUGUGAUUUGGCAUCGUGACGUCGUGGCUGCUAAGAACAUUCUACUGAAAGGACUAUGGACAUUACUGGGACUUCCGAUACCAGAGGCGAUCAAUAGGUAUUGGCGCGAAGCUGCUGAAGCAGCCGCUGCUGUUGCCGCUGCUGCUGCCGCUAGAGCAACCGCUGCUGCUGUCGCCAUCGUGGAUAAUGAUGUAGAAAUGUUCGAGUACGACCAGCAGCCAGCUGAUCAUGCUGUCUAAUCAACACAUUGCAAACAAAAAAAAAACAAAUGUAACAUUAGUUAUUAAAGGCUAUCCCGAUCAUGUGGGAUAGUUGCGUUGAAGCAAGUUGACUCCCCAUCUGGUUGAUGUUAACUGCGCAGGAGUACUCUAGUGGGUCGUUUAGAUUAGCUGAACACCCUAAAUUUACACGCUUGCUUGAGCAAAAAUUUCAAAAUUCAAAACUUGAUUUGGAGAAAGCAUGCGAUGCAAGUGGAGAACACCAAACUUUAAAUGAUU